CGUUAUCAAAAUAUCCAUUGCGGCUAUUGAGAAUUGAAAUGGAGCAAAGGAAGCAGCAGGGAGUGAUGGUGGUGAAGGGUUUACCUCAGCAGCUUCAGAACCCAAUAGAGCAGCUCCAAGCACGUUUCAAGGAGUUAGAGAGUGGUUUCAGGCUCUGGCUCUCCAAGCAGUCUCUUCCCGUCGAGGCCGCCGUCGUCACCACCACCAGCGCCGCCCAAGGCGCCGCUAUCGGCGCCUUUAUGGGCACUCUCACCACCGACGCCACCUCCGCUUUUUCCACCCCUCCCCCUAACGCUUCUCUCAACCCUCAAGCCAUGGCCUCUCUUAAGCAAGCUCAGGCUCUUUCUGGGGGUCCUUUAGUUCAAGCUCGCAAUUUUGCUGUCAUGACCGGAGUGAAUGCUGGUAUCUCCUGUGUCCUGAAAAGGUUAAGGGGAAAGGAAGAUGUUCAGUCCAGCAUGGCGGCAGCUUUUGGAUCUGGGGCCAUGUUUUCAUUAGUAAGUGGCAUGGGUGGACCAAAUCAAGCAGCAAAUGCAGUCACUUCUGGACUCUUCUUUGCACUUGUUCAAGGUGGACUUUUCCAGUUAGGACAAAAGUUUUCUCAACCACCAGUUGAAGAUAUUCACUAUGCUAAAACAAGACAUAUGUUGCACAACCUUGGUCUUCAGAAUUACGAAAAGAAUUUUAAGAAAGGCUUGUUAUCGGACAACACUUUGCCUUUACUCACAGACAGUGCUCUCAGAGAUGUGAAGAUUCCUCCUGGACCCAGGCUUUUGAUUCUUGACCACAUCCAGAGUCUGGCUUCAGGGACUCGGAUUUGAGAGAGAAGCGAGGAAACCGGAGUUGACUGAUAUGAAUAGAGUUUGCUGCCUCCAAGGUUAAAAAAUAUUGAAAUGGAUAGUUGGAAGUCUGUGUUGCAAAUGAAUUUUGUCAUUUUUUGUUUAUUAUGCUUUCUGUUCCAUUGUUGUUGCAGUGUACUUGAUAAAAAUUUGGUUAACUAAUCAGUUAUUUAAGUUGCCAUGAAAGGCAAAUGGCAUUAAAGUAAAUUCUGGAGCAUGAAAUUGUUAACUUAAAAUAAGAAAAGUUUGUGCUUACUUGCG